AUGCUACACAAAAGACGCAAUAAUUUUUCACAACAAAUUUUUUCAUACAAGUAUACCACAGUAUCAACUAUGCUUUCUAAUUUAGACACAGCAAUCAAAACAUAUUUUGAGACUACACCUACUUUGAAAUGGUCAUAUCUUGGUUUUUUAAGGGCUUUGAAACCUUUUUGUCUUUCUGAUCCUAACUCAGUUGAGAACCAAAACUCAAUAUGGAAGAAAAGAUACUGUUCCUUUUUAAGGAACUUUCUCGCUGAAAAAAAGAAGCAAGGUCUACAAGAUGAACAUAAUAAACAGCAAUAUGAUCAUGUAGUGUUUCUUCUGCAACAGAAAGAAUUUAAAGUGGAAGAUUUUUGGAGAAUUGUAAAACUAGAAAAAGAACUUGUAAAUGAGUUGGAAGAUAAAAGACAUAAAUCACAGAUUGACGGGCUGGAACUGCUCAAUACUGCAUGUCAGCAACAAAAUCAUGUGCUUGUUGAUGAACUAAAUUUGCAUAUGUUGAAAAAACCACAUUUAAUGGAAACUGAAGUGGUAACAGAUGAAAAAACGAAUGAUUCAAAAACAACUGGUGUAACUAGCAUUGCUGAGGACACUGACAAUGAACAAUCUACAAUUGAAUCAAUUGAAUACAAGGAAAUUCUACAUGGAAAGGAUAAAGAUCUUGUUAGCAAAAAAAUGUUGCAUGAUGCAUAUCUUAAUACAUGUCAGAAAGUCUAUGAUCAUAAUUCACAAAAAGAUGGAGGGUUCACUGUAGUGUCAUCAUAUGAAAAUAAACCCGAAAUUGAAAUUCAAACAUUUGGUGCUUACACUUGUGGGGGGUAUCUUUAUUUAUUUAUGAUGGACUUGAAGUAUGAUGUCAUCUAUCGUUUCUUUCAGCUUUCUGAGAUUAAGCUUGCUCAAAAUAUCCCUGAGUUUAACCUUGUAAGAAGAUUAAUUGUUGAGUUAUAUUAUUUCAAGGCAUGUAAAGUUCAAUCUCGUAAGACAUGGAAAUAG